AUGAGUGAUGUUGACAUCGUGCACCACCUCAAAGACCAUUAUGACCAGGAGGAAUAUGGACUCAGCGUUGUCAGCUUUCGUCGGAUGCGAAAUAGCUGGGGCUGGAAACGGACCAGGCAACAACAACAUACUCUCGAGUCCAUCGAACAGCAUGUCCGGGAGAUUCGACAACGAUUUCCCCACCGAGGUGCCGAGGCCAUCAGACGAGACCUGCGCCAGCAGUUCAGCUUUCACGUACCCCGCGAACUGAUCGCCAAGCUUCUCAAGAUCACAGAGCCAACUGCUGUGGAAGCUAGGCGUCGUGGACGUCUCAAACGGAGGCGUUUUUGGUGUGCGGGGGUUAAUGAUGUCUGGCCCCAAGACCAGCACGACAAAUGGCUGCGCUUUGGGUUAUGGCUGCAUAUCAGCCUCGAUCCAUUCACCGGCUGGAUUAAUUGGCUGAAAGUUUGGUGGACCAACAAGAAUCCACGCCUUAUUGCUAGAUACUACCUUGACUGUUGCCGAAAACUCGGAGCUGUACCUUUGAUCACUCAGAGCGAUCCAGGCUCCGAAAAUUUUGCUGUUGCCAACGCACAAACAAUGAUUCGACACCGCCUAGAUCCAGCACUCAACGGAACACUUCAGCACCGCUGGAUGCGAAAGCACCAGAACAUCAAGCCCGAAAUCAUGUGGUCUGUGCUUCGCAGGGACUUUGCUCCAGGUUUCGAGAAUAUCCUGGAGGAAGGUGUCACUAGGGGACUAUAUGACAUUCACAACACGCUGCAAAACUACGUGUUCCGCUGGCUUGCAAUUCCAUGGCUCCAGGCUGAGCUUGAUGCAUGGGCUCAUCGUAGAAACCAUAACGCUCCCCGCAGGGACAAAAAUAAGAUUCUUCCUCACGGCAUUCCAGCAAUCAUUCGUGCGAAACCUCACGAAUUCAAUUCACUUGACUUCAAAGUUCCAGUGCCAAGUGCGCUCUUUGAUGAGGUCGAAGCAAUUUAUGCUCCCUCUGAUCAUCCUGUCUUCGAUCUUGUCCCACCUUCAUUCGAGCAACGCGCACAAUAUCUCUAUACCUCACUCGGCAACCCGCAAGUGUCGUCGGAUUCAUUCUGGAAUGUAUAUCAGAUGUUACUGGCGCAGUUCCUCGCAAUUGAAGGUGAAGAUGACCUGACAGUCCUGCUUUCGCAGGGAGUUACGGAACCUGAAGAUGAUGAUGUUCUAUUGCUUCCGAGCUUGCAGGACCUCCCUCGAAAUGCUGGCUUAGUAGGACCUGCUGGCUAUCAGUAUAUGGGAGGCAUGGUGAACCCGCCAACACAAGCACUUCACGGUGUUCAGGACUGGGGAUCACAAGGGGAGGAUCAGGAUGAUGAAGAUCAACCAGAGUUCGCAGAGUUCACGGAUUCUGAGUCUGAGUUGUCGGCAUCUCUCCACUGUAGUGCUGCUGCUGUUGAACAACACUCCUCCACUGGAAUGGAGCCCGCUCCCACGGAAGCUUUAAACUCCGCUGGGAGUGGUGUCACGGUCCUAGACUGGCGAAAAGACUUAGUACCAUCUAUGUACAUGUAUGAACGUAUGACUUGUUCAGCUCCGAACUGGAGGCGAUACAUACAGUGCGGCUUGGAAGCUAGCAAAGAUGCUGGUGGUGUGCACGAUCUGGCUAUUGCUGACUGGGCACGGACACGAAUUCUUGAUGGACACUGGUGUAGUCCUGCCGACCAGUGGUAUGGCUACGCUCGACCAAUUGGUGGAGGUGUCAGAGAUCCUGGCGAGGAACCUGACUACGAGUCGGAAACUGACGACGAUGAACCUCUUGAGAAUGGACACCCUGUUCUUUCUACGACAACGCUACAUACCACGCCAUCGCCUCCACCAUCACAUCCUGAGGAGAAGGAGCAUGAGCCUACAACGACAACGGCAACAGCGCGGCCGAAACCGCCACAAGUUAUCAUCCCUAUUCCUGUGUCACCGGUGUUAGACUCACCCAAGCUUUUACAUCCUAUCCCUUGUGUACCGGUUACGCUGGCCCAUAUGGCACAGUAUAGUCUCGAAGCAUUUAAACAGGUAUGGCGCGAAGCAUGUGCACCACUGUAUCACUGCCGAUGUUCCGUCUGCGAACGUGCUAUGAUCAAGGCAAAUGUUGCCACAUACCAUCACACCCCAAAUGCUGCUACUGGUGAUCCCAUUGAGGUCCCUCAUACCUCAACGCCGCCGAAGCAUCCUCGUAGAGACUCAGAUCGUCCUGUUGACGACCGAGCGCGGCGCGGAGAGUAUGUGGCACCAAUCCCUACACCUCGCCAACGAAAGCGCUCCUCAGAAGAGCUGGAUGUUGGCAACGACUCUCUGUCUAGAUCUAUAUAG